GCGGGAAGCGCGGGCGGCGGCGCGGGCUGUGCGCGCGCGCCAUGAAGGAGACGCGCGGUACUUCCAGGCAGCAGAACCAGCCUCAAGGGCACUAUGGACUUACCUCUCCAAUUAGCUUGGCUCCUCCUAGUGAUAAAGACCACAUUCAUACCCAGAAGCUGAUUGAAGCAAUGAAGCCAUUUGGGGUCUUUGAGGAUCAGGAAGAACUCUAUCACAGGACAACUGUUCUUGGUAAACUGAAUAACUUUGUCAGAGAAUGGAUUUCAGAGCUUGCUGAAAGCAAGAAUCUUCCCCCUUCAAUAACAGAACAAGUUGGUGGCAAAAUAUUUACAUUUGGUUCCUACAGACUUGGAGUACACACCAAAGGUUCAGACAUAGAUGCUCUUUGUGUUGCUCCCAGUCAUGUGGAAAGAUCAGAUUUUUUUCAGUCAUUCUUUGAAAAACUGAGGAAUCAAGAGGAAGUAAAAAACCUAAGAGCCAUUGAGGAUGCAUAUGUACCAGUUAUCAAAUUUGAGUUUGAUGGCAUUGAGAUUGAUCUCGUGUUUGCAAAGCUGUCCUUGCCAACGGUUUCUGAUGAUCUCGAUCUCAGGGACGACUCGUGCCUCAAAAGCCUGGAUAUAAGAUGCAUACGGAGCUUAAAUGGCAGCAGAGUUACAGAUGAAAUACUGCGCCUGGUGCCCAAUCUGGAGAACUUCCGGCUCACGCUCCGGGCAGUUAAACUGUGGGCAAAACGACGUGGUGUUUACUCCAACAUCAUGGGAUUUCUUGGUGGAGUCUCCUGGGCAAUGCUGGUAGCAAGAAUAUGCCAACUCUACCCCAAUGCUUUGGCUUCUACUCUCGUUAACAAGUUCUUCUUGAUUUUUUCAAAAUGGUAA